AAGAUUAUCUAACGAGAAAGAGUGAGAGAGAGAAUGGCACUGCCACUCAAAUCAACAUCUUCUAUGUCUUCUUCUUCUCAAUGUUCAUAUUCAUCUUCACCAACCUCAGCCUCCAUGAAACUCAAAUCCUUAAUCCAAACUCUCAUCCUUUCUCAUGUUUGUCGACUAAUCCGUGAUAUCUCUAGAGCUUCAUCCAUUCUUGCUAGAGUCUUGAAGAAGAAGCAAUACAAUCUCUUGUCAGUGUCUUCUUUGCUCUGUCCAAAAAGAGCCUCCAAGAAACAAAAGAACAAUAUUUUGUUCGGCUCCUUCAGACUUCACUACAACUUUUGCUCCUCUCACGUAGUGCCCGUCUCUGCGCCAGUACGUCUCCCUCAAGAGCUCUACUUGGCUCAUCUCCAAUAUGACUCUACUUGGGAGUCAAUUUAUUCCAAUGAAUCAAUGGAUGUUCGUGAUGAUGAUGAUGUUCAAGAACCAUCUCAGCUUACUAGCUAUCUAAGACAGCUAGAAGCUAAGGUUAAAGACGACAAAGAAGAAGGAAAAGAGAUGAUGAUGAUGAAUGAGAUUGAUAAAUUGGCUGAUAUGUUUAUAGCAAAUUCUCAUGAGAAGUUCAUGUUGGAGAAGGUUGAUUCGUAUAGGAGAUCCCACGAAAUGCUGAACAGAAGCAGUUGAUAAUGAUGAUGAUGAUGAUGAUGAUGAUGAUGAUGAUGAUGAUGAUGGGGGCCAUUCGUUUCUUUAAUUUCUUUUAAUGAAUGUAAUUUUCACCUUUUCCUUCUUUCUUUUGAAUUUCUUAACAUGAUUUGAGUUUUCUAAAAAAAUGUGUAUUGGAAGCAUAGAGGAUGGAUUGUGUGGUGUUUGUUGUGUUACAGUCUGAUGAUGAUGGUGGGUGGUUUAUGACUAGAAUUAAUAGACAGUCCAAAAAGGAAAAGAGAGGAUGAGAAUGGAAUGGAUUUUUGUAUAACUUUGGCUUUGGGUGGUUUGAGUUCUUUUGUUAGUAUCUUCUAAAAUUGUUGUUUUCUUUUGUUGUUAUCAGGGACCAAUUCAAAUGUUUUUCUACUUAA